AUGGUGGCGGCAUCCGCCGUGUCGGAGCUCGCGCAGUAUAGCUCGUGUGAAGUCGCGGAUGCGCUGAUCAAGCUCAAGCUGCCGCACGGUGGCUACCUGCCUGGCCUGGAGCUGUAUUCGCCGCAGCCGAUGGCGGGCGCCACGUCGGUUUGCGGACCGGCGUUUACGGUCAAGAUGGUGUGGCAGAGCGAGGUGCAUGCGCCGCGGCUAUCGAAGCACUUUAUGGAUGUGGCGGAGCGAGACUCGAUCAUGCUGAUAUCUGCGCCGUCCUCGGCGCGGUCUGCGGUGUGGGGUGGCCUGAUGACGGCGCGGGCCCAGAGCGUGGGUGUGCGGGGCGUCGUGAUCGAUGGGCGGUGCCGUGAUCUGGCCGAGCACCGCGACGCGGGGUUUCCGGUCUUUGCGCGCGGCCACUCGGUGCUGGGUCAGUCGCCCUUUACGCGGCCGAGUGAGGUGCAGGUGCCGCUGGUGCUGGCUGAUCCGACGGUGCCGCUGGAUGCGCAGGGCCAGCCUGUGUUUCCGCCCGUGACGGUGCAUCCGGGCGAUAUCCUGUUGGGCGACGUGGACGGCGUGGUCUGUGUGCCCCAGCCGCUCGUUGGGCAGGUCGUCGAGAUCGCCCGGCAUGGCCGGCACGUCGACGAGCUGUGUAGGCAGGAUCUGCGGGCGGGUCGAGGCAUGCAGGAGACGUUGGCUGUGCGCCGCGGGACGUAG